AUGUCAUCCGCGCCGCACGUGCCGUGGUCGUACGCACUGCGUAACGGGAACGUCGCUGAAACCAUGGAUGUCAGUUUGAUCAUCCUCAUCAAUAGUUCCGAAUUCUCAAUUGCAAACCGCAUUUUUGGAGAAGAGAGAAUUCUUAACUUCUGUUUCGAACUACAAUCUUUUCCAAAGUCGCCUUAAUAUACGAAGAAGUUGGGUCUAAAAAUAGGAACUUCUAACAAGGACCAAAAUUAGAGGCGCCAACCCGAAUGCAGUAGAGUAUAGCUGCAUUUUUCUAACAAAUUGUAUGUUGUUGGAUAUCCGUUUUCUUUGACGCUCAAGUUCAUUUAUGAGAUGCAAGUUUACAAUUACAAUUCAUUCCGAGUCAAAAAGGAGGCUCGUAUUCUCUCGAGAGCCAUAUAUAGACCUUUCAGCGGCUUUGAAAAGAAAGAUUGGCAUGCCAGGAAAGGGAAAAAAGAAAAGAGGCGAAAAUGGUUAAAAAAAAGUGAAGAAGGUGUUUCAGGUCUGCUACGACAUGCUCCGCGAGAAGGGCAUUCCGCCCGUUCCCACGCCUUGUGAGUCUAUCAUUAUACUUGCUCAUAACAGUUUCAUUUCUCUAAUUUGUGUUUUCAAUCUGAUUUUUAAACAAUCUUCUUUAAAAAUUUUUUUUUACAAAAUUAAACAUUUUCUUCGAUCGCUUGUCUUUCUUCCACGAGGUCGAUAAACAAGCGCUUUCGUAGUCCUUUUUUUUUUCUUUAGCGGUCGUCGGCUUAUUUUCUCAUUUCUGAGAGCAAAAAUCUUUGAAAUUUUCCUCGAAUAUGCCAUUCUUGUUCUGAAAGUGUCAUAGAAAUAUAGUCAAAAAUUAUUUCGAAUCAACUUCUUUAUACUCAAAGUUAGCUCAGACUUGAAAGGCCAUAGUCGUCAACGCGUGACGGCUGCGAAGCGGUUUUAGAGGCGCAUUCGAUUCAAGAUGACUUUACCGCUGGAAGUUGGAAAUAAGUAGAAAGUUCUUCAAUGUCAAUUAGUCUUAACCCGAUUCCAACCAUUCCAUCCAUCGGCAAUCAUUUCACGUUGAAUCGAGUGAAUUUUAUUAUACUAUCCUCUUCUCCGUCAAGGCUUUUUGAUUGAUAACUGUCAUCGAGGAGCUGUAUAGAAAGCGUGUUCCUGAAAUUGGAAUGAAAAGAAGUUUUGCAGCGGACGGCAGCCUGUGGUGCAACGCGACGUACGACACAGUGCUGUGCUGGCCUCCGACGCCGGCCAACACUUCUAUAACGUUGGCCUGUCCUCCCCUCAAGGGCCUCGAUCCAUCCAGUCAGUCUGUCGUCUUUCCGAAAGUCAUUAGGACGACUUGGACAGCAUGUACAUCCCUCCUUAUAGUAUUAGCGACACAAAAACUAGAGCACGAAAACACUUUUUUUACAAAAUCUCUUUUUAACCUCAAUUUCCACUAACCUCUUUAUUUGGGAUGCUACCUACUGUUUAAAGGGUCGUGUUUUUUUCAACUCGCAAGUUUUUUCCACAAAUAUUUACGUAUGACUAAAUAUUAUAAGGAGGUUUGUAGAUGAGUGGGACUUCGCCUGAGUGAGCAAGCCAAAGGGAAAUUAGAAGCGCGGUAAUUUUGCUCCCAUGAGAGCGCUCACAUGGCGGCAAAUCCCUGAAAGAUAAGGUUGACUGUAAAAAAAGGCCGUGUACACUUUUAAUUAGUUGAAAGAGCGAGGGAACAAUUUGUGAAGAUUUUUGAUGAUUGGGGAAAUGUGAACUUUGAGCAAAUAAGAGAUAGUCUGGUCACUGAAGUGUCGCUUAUUUCUCGUUGUAGUUAUUCUCUUUGUGACUCGGAUUUAGAGUCACGGAUUUUUAUAAUUGCUCAUGAAUAUCUAAUUUCAGUUUCUUGGAAGGAGAAAACUCCUUUCGAAGCACUAAAAAAGAAAGAAUUGAAAUAUAAUGUCCAAAAACGGUUUUUCUAACUGUUGCAGGAUUUCUUUCGAAAAAUAUAUAAUGAUAAAUUGAAAAGGAAAAAAAUUUAUACAUUGUCCUAUCGUUUUGAAUAAAAUAAAUUUUGAAUUUCGAAAAAGACAGAGAAAUAUUCGCAAGGAGAAAAAGCGGUUCUUGAGGUACUAUAGCUGUCCUAUUUAGGUUUUGAAGAUGGAAAAAGUUGAUAGUUGAGAUGGGAAAAGAACCGAAUAGAUAUCAAAAAAUCCAACCUCUAGUUGAACUAGGCUUAUUUCCACGUUUCAUUAGACCUUACUUGGGCGAUAGAUGGUGUGAAAUGACGUCGUAGACGCCAACUGCAUGUGCAUCCAUCGAGAAUUCUCUCAUCUGAUCGAAACGAAAUUUUGUUUUGAUCCUAGAGGUUACCGGUAGAUCACUGUUUUUCGCUAACUUGGGCAUGAUUAACCUAUUUUUUUUUGUCGAUAAUAGCGUGCUGUCUGCAUUUUUGAUAAGCCCUCAACAUAGUCCUGUGCACCCUGAGGCGGCAAACCAGAAUGAGAAAUGAACUUUUCUCAGUAAAAACAGCAUUCUUGGAAAAAUGAGAAAGCUAUUUUUAGUAGUGUGAAAGAGAAAUCUGAAUUAGUAUUACCUUACUCUCUAAUUCAUUUAUCUGUAUGCUUCCUAGAAUAUAAUAAAACAAAUAGAAAUAGAAAGAAAAGUCUUAUAUUUAAAAAGUAGAUUGGAGCUUUGCAAAACUUUUUUAUAAUUUAUAACCAUUUUUUUGAAUACAGAACACGUGAUCCAGUCGUUUGAAUAGAAACAUUAAAACAAGUAAAUUUUUUUAAGAAUUUUUUGUAAUCAAAAAAAUGAUGUAAUUCAAGUCUGUCGAAUGAAAAUGAACGUGAACUAAAAAAAGCAUUUUUGAAAAUUUCGUUAUUUUCCCCGCUCGUUCUGCAUCCAUAUGGGUUUCGAAGAACUGCGGACGGCCGCUGUAGAUCUGAGUACGUGGAUUUUCAGGAUACAUUGAGAAACGGUGCGAUGAAACUGGCCGAUGGAUGGGCAAAAAACAUGGAUUCUACGAAAACCCCUGGGGCUGGACCAACUACACGAUUUGCUUCAAAAUCGACUUCGAGGAUGUCAAAGUAGGGCAUCCGACCGUCUGUUUCUUUCCGAAGCUCUUUAUUCUUUGAUAGACCUUGGCUCGACUAUCAGCACUAGGAAUUUGUUGAUUAGAUCUUCUCCUCUGUUGUUGAGAUGAUCAGUGGAUCUGUGAACAUCCAUUUCGUUGGAAAAUGUCAUGAAAUCUCCUUAGAAAAAUCGUGAACGACGUGAAAAGUUUGUAUUACUGCUGUUUGAAGAGAAUUUUUUUUUGAAGAGAAAACUCCGGCGUCGUUCCAUUUUUCGAUUCGAAGUUAAAAUUGGAAAAUGAGGAAACUGUUUUUAUUGAACUCGUAAGAGCUACUCGUCAUACGAUAGCUCUUUUUUCAUUCAUCUUUGAUAUUAACUUCAAAAAAAAGUAGCCCUACCAAGUUUUCAAAAUUGAACUUUCUUUUUCAAUCUCCUGUAGCCGAAUAUCCCUGAAUCCUUGAAAUCAGUUAGUUUACCGUACGCCUCAUGUUGUUCUGAACAAUCGAAGAUUGCUCCCUCUGUUGUUUUCCGCACUAACUCUUUCUCUGUCUUCUUCUGUCUGUUCUGCGGUGGUCUUGCGAAUCUUGCGCUUCGGCUUCCUAACGUGCUGUUCUCUGCUCUCUCGCAUGUUCCUUCUAAAUGUCUCUUUUGAUUUCACCUCUGAUCAUUCUCUUUUUUGUUUAUGCGAGAUCAUGUUGAGUCUAACUUGUAAAACUUAUAACCUGUAAGCUUUAAAAAAAACUGCAUUGAGAAAAUCGAAGAAGUAACACGUUUGAACGAAAUUUUUGGUCAUUUUUGAAUGCUUAAAUAUUUUUUCUUAAGUUUCGAAAAAUGGAAAAAUGAGAAUUUACGGGUACCACAUGGGAUCUUCGAUAUUUUUUGCAACAUUAGAAACUUUUAAAAAUUAUUCAUGUUAAUGGAAAAAAGCGACGUUUUACGCUACAUAUGCCGUCACACACUCCUGACCUAAUCCUUCAAAAAUAGCUCGCCGCGAAGCACAAAUGCGCCCUAGCGAACAAAGCUAUGAUUAGUCAGCAAACUUGUGAAAAUUGGAGCAGUUUUGAUAAGCUCACCUGGAGGUGACUCGUCGGUACUGAGCAUGAGGUUGACAGGAAACAUCACGAAGACUUGCCACGCGUCAGGCAAAUGGCUAGGUCGGUCGGAGGACGACCAUGGCGGCCACGGCUGGACCAACUACACGAUGUGCUUCAACGACGAAGUCAUCUACAUCGUCCGCUACCUCAGCAACGAGUCCAUCGGGGUUCGCGCCACAUUCCCUAGAACCUCUUUCACUAGCAGUUCCUUUCUCAGUAGUUCACGUCCAGUGCAAUAAUUCCUGCCUUUCAUGUCGCUGGCCUCUGAACCCUCAUUAGCAAAGUUUAACCAUUCCAAUAACACUACCAAAUUAUGGAAUCAAAAUAGUCAAGGUUAAUGUUAGAAGGUCAUUGUCAGGCCUCUAUCAUAAGCUACUUGGUCAGCGGCUUGAAUAGCAAAAAUGGAGGCACCGCUUAAACAAAGCACAUUCUGUUUUUUUAUUAAUCACUUUCAAUUAACACUCCAUUUUUCGAUCCAAUGGGAAUCCUAAUCACAAAACAGAAAACGACUUCGUAAUAUUCAUUCUUUAACUUCACUCCUUCCACACACACCUCAACUUUUCAAUUUUCCCUUCCACAAGAUGUAUUAUAUUCUUUUUAACUUUUUGAGAUGCCGUAUGCAUGAACUUUUUGAAUUUGCGUAAUCGUUAAUGGGUAUGCAGCCUCAAAACCAAAUCUUUUUUUUUUCGAAGACAGCCGAAAAUAUUAUGCUUUUUUUGUUAGAGAAAUCAAAAAAUAUUUUCAAGACAGGGAAAUUCAUGCAUAUGACAUCUGCUUCUAACAAAUUCUUCUUUCAUCUUUCACCCUUCUAACAUUAUUUUUCGCACUAUUUUUAUAUCGUUUUUAAAAAGAACUUUUUGGUUUUUUCCUUUUUUUCCUUUUUUUCCUUUUUUUCUCUCUUCUCAUCUUUAUCUUUCUCUCUUAUCACGACUCAAAUCUUCGAACAUUUUUUGAUAACCAAAUAUAGCUUUCUUAAAAAAGCUAGCUGGUAUAGGAUUGUCAACAAAAGGACAUUUUUUUAGCAUUCAAAAGUUUUUAGCUUUUUAAUCUGAUCAUUUUUCUUUUUUGAAAAUUGCAGCCUUACAUUGUUUUUCAAAUUUUACACGUUUGGAGAACUGCAACUGGGAUUUGCAGAUCGCGCAGGAAGUGGCGAGAAAUGCGCGGAAACUCGAGUUCGUCGGCCUCGGCCUCUCACUUGUGUCGUUGAUCGUCUCCAUCGCCAUAUUUUCCUAUUUCCGGUAGGUUGGCCAGGAAAUUGUCCUUUGCCAGUUAUUUUAAUCUUUUGUAUCCAGGGCCGGAAAUUGUCUAGGAUACAGUAAGACUACGAUUAAUUUCUAUAUUUGUUUCGUGACCUCAAAAACCAACCACAAAGUUUUUCCCACGUCACGGGAAAAUUUCUCAGAAUGAUAUAAUUCGACGUGAAAAAGACUACUUCAAAUGGACUGGCAUAUUCUAACUUUAGAAAAAAUGCUCUCCAAAAUUUAAAAAUACGCAAAAAAUUCUUUCUCCUAGGAUAGAUAAUCGAAUUUAAAAAAAAAUCAAAGCUUAUUUAUAUUUUUCUAAUUAAUUAAAAUGAGUAUCUUCGAGAUUUUGCACCUAUCAUUAAUAAGUUUGUGAAAAGAAGGAAACUUCUGGAGGAUUUAUUAAGAUUUUUGAGAAUGAGAUAUAGAAAGCUGGACACUUUAAUCAAAAAAGCGUUCGACAAUAUGAGAGGUUCCAGGCGGUUGCGUGUGUUCCGCAACAUGCUGCACCUGCACCUGAUGGUGGCCAUUCUGAUGGUGGUGAUCAUCCGACUGGUGCUCUACAUCGACCUCAUCUUCACUGGCGCCCACGGACCCCACGCAAGUCCCAGCGAAGGCAAAACCAUCAACACGAUGGUGAGGACCUGUCUUGGGUCUUUUCUCAUCAUCUUCCUGCAGCCUUUUGUCUGCGAGACCAUGUUCUUCCUCUUGGAAUACUUCAAGACGGUGGCCUUUGGCUGGAUGUUCCUCGAGGGCUUCUACCUACACAACCAACUCGUGCUCACCGUCUUCAACUCGGAACCUCGUCUGACGCCUUACCUCCUUGCUGGCUACGGUCAGCUUUUUUUCUUGUAAAAAAAGUGUUUGCAUGAAUUGGAAGCUCUUAAAAGCCGAAAAAAUCAGAACUUUGGUUUAUCUGAGAACUUGGGACAUAAAUAGAAGUCGUUCCUCGUUCGUGGGAACCUUCACAGGAACACUUUCUUUUUUUUUAACUCGAAUCAUAAGACUUUGGUUUUUGUUCUCACGUAUCGAUUUCAGGAAUUCCGGGAAUACACACUCUAUUUUGGUUAUUAGUUGUACUGCUGAAAAAAGAGUUCAAGGUAGAGAGAUGCCUUGGAUCGUACUAUCUUGAGCCAGAGUUCUGGAUCCUCGACGGUCCGCGUAUGGCUGAACUUGUGGUAAAGAUGGACCCUAACCAACAGAACCAAAUAUUCAGCGUUUCAGGUCAAUCUUUUCUUCAUCUGCAAUGUGAUACGAGUGCUGUGGACGAAGGUGCGGGAGUCUCACAACACGAGCGAAUUGAUGAGAAUGAAGUGAUUCAGAGUUUUCUAAGAGAUUUGACGUUCAAUGGCUUCAGAAAAAGCGUGAAAGCGGCUUUGAUGUUGAUCCCGCUGCUCGGCAUUCCCAACAUCAUGCAGACGAUUCCCUUCAAUCCCACUCGCGACAAUAUCAUGAUUUUCGCGGUUUGGACCUACUGCGCGUCUUUCACCUACAUGUACCAAGGCCUAAUGAUCACCAUCAUUUAUUGCUUCACGAACAAAGAAGUGAGAAGAAUCCAGAGGACAUGUUGAUUCAUUGUUUUGUUCCAGGUAAACACGGUGUUGAAGGCAUUUUACGCAAGGUAUCGGUUGUUGCACACGAGUCAGAAUGAACUGCGGAGAGGCUCUCGUAGUGUCGCUUCGCACUUCCAGGCCAAAAACGGCCAAGUUUCGGUGAACUCCAUGAAAGCUCUCAUAGUGACCGUGCUCUUCAGAACGCAAUGACGAACCUGGACAACAUGGAAACUGGAGGGAACGCUGGAAACAACGCAAACGGAGGGAAACUAAGUCCUUUUUCGUCUCGGAGCAAAAAAGGUAGCGGUGACUCCACAACCAAACUCAUGUUGCCGGUCUCGGUUGGUCCAUUGUUUCAAAACAAAGAAAAUUGAAACUUUCAGGCCAAUGACGAAGUUUCAAAUAACAACGGAUACGGUAGUGCCGGCGAGCUGACGCCACUCAAGUGCUCAUGUGACGCCACAAAGUGAUUUGGCUCCUUCUCACAACUUUCAUCAAUUGUUUUGUUUCAGGGAAGAAUCGCCGCCAACGAUAACACGGUUUUGAAUGGCGAUCGCUGAGCUUUUCCUUCCAGACAGAACAAAUAUCAGAUAA